CCCAGCACCUAGCACUGUACAUGGCACAAAGUAGAUCUUCAAUGAACGAACGAAACGAGCCGUUAUGUUUACACAAAUGUAUUUCACUCAGUCCUCUGGAAGACAUGCCUAGUUUGAGGGAGAUUCCAAGAAUAAAUACCACAAAUAGCACAGAGCCCAAAUUCCACAGCAAACAUCCUUAUUGAAGGCAAGGACUGUGGGGCGAGUUCCGUUUCUCAGAAGAUUUUAAAAGAACGCAACUGUUUCGAAGAAGGAACAGACAUUCGAAGUUCUGAGUCCGGUGGGAACUCAUUUAACAUUUUAUUUUACAGCAGAUUUCAAAGUCUGCACCCAGCCCUUCCCAGGACACAGGUCUCCUUGCAGCUGCCUUUAUCCUAAGCGUAUCCUCUCUCCACUUUAAACCAAACGCCGCUGCAUGGAGUCCUGGGAGCUUGAGCCAUGAGAAUUCCGUAAAGAGGGAGUAUAAUGUCUCAGGAAGGCGAUUAUGGGAGGUGGACCAUAUCCAGUAGUGAUGAAAGUGAGGAAGAAAAGCCAAAACCAGACAAGCCGUCUACCUCUUCUCUGCAAGGAGCAGCAAAUGAGCCCAGGUAUACCUGUUCCGAGGCCCGGAAAGCCGCACACAAGAGGAAAAUGUCACCUGUGAAAUUCAGCGAUACAGAUUCAGUUUUACCUCCCAAAAGGCAGAAAAGCGGUUCCCAGGAGGACCUAGGCUGGUGUCUGUCCAGCAGUGAUGAUGAGCUACAGCCAGAAAUGCUGCAGAAGCAGGCUGAGAAAGUGGUGAUCAAAGAGGAGAAAGACAUCUCAGCUCCCAGUGACGGCACUGCCCAAAGAACUGAAAAUCAUGGCCCUCCCACCUGCCACAGGCUCAAAGAGGAGGAAGAGUAUGAGACAUCAGGGGAGGGCCAGGACAUUUGGGACAUGCUGGAUAAAGGGAACCCCUUCCAGUUUUACCUCACUAGAGUCUCCGGAGUUAAGCCGAAGUAUAACUCCGGAGCCCUCCACAUCAAGGAUAUUUUAUCUCCUUUAUUUGGGACGCUUGUUUCUUCAGCUCAGUUUAACUACUGCUUUGACGUGGAUUGGCUCGUGAAACAGUAUCCACCAGAAUUCAGGAAGAAGCCAAUCCUGCUUGUGCAUGGUGAUAAGCGAGAGGCUAAGGCUCACCUCCAUGCCCAGGCCAAGCCUUACGAGAACAUCUCUCUCUGUCAGGCAAAGUUGGAUAUUGCAUUUGGAACACACCACACGAAAAUGAUGCUGCUGCUCUAUGAAGAAGGCCUCCGGGUUGUCAUACACACCUCCAACCUCAUCCAUGCUGACUGGCACCAGAAAACUCAAGGAAUAUGGUUGAGCCCCUUAUACCCACGAAUUGUUGAUGGAACCCACAAAUCUGGAGAGUCGACAACACAUUUUAAAGCUGAUCUCAUCAGUUACUUGAUGGCUUAUAAUGCCCCUUCUCUCAAGGAGUGGAUAGAUACCAUCCACGAGCACGAUCUCUCCGAAACGAAUGUUUAUCUUAUUGGUUCAACCCCAGGACGCUUUCAAGGAAGUCAAAAAGAUAAUUGGGGACAUUUUAGACUUAGGAAGCUUCUGAAAGACCAUGCCUCAUCCAUACCUAACGCAGAGUCCUGGCCUGUCGUGGGUCAGUUUUCAAGCAUUGGCUCCUUGGGAGCUGAUGAAUCAAAGUGGUUAUGUUCUGAGUUUAAAGAGAGCAUGCUGACACUGGGGAAGGAAAGCAAGACUCCAGGAAAAAGCUCUGUCCCUCUUUACUUGAUCUAUCCUUCUGUGGAAAAUGUGCGGACCAGUUUAGAAGGAUAUCCUGCUGGGGGCUCUCUUCCCUAUAGCAUCCAGACAGCUGAAAAACAGAAUUGGCUGCAUUCCUAUUUUCACAAAUGGUCAGCUGAGACUUCUGGCCGCAGCAAUGCCAUGCCACAUAUUAAGACAUAUAUGAGGCCUUCUCCAGACUUCAGUAAAAUUGCUUGGUUCCUUGUCACAAGCGCGAAUCUGUCCAAGGCCGCCUGGGGAGCACUGGAGAAGAAUGGCACCCAGCUGAUGAUCCGCUCCUACGAGCUUGGGGUCCUUUUCCUCCCUUCAGCAUUUGGUCUAGACAAUUUCAAAGUGAAACAGAAGUUCUUCGCUGGCAGCCAGGAGCCAAUGGCCACCUUUCCUGUGCCAUAUGAUUUGCCUCCAGAACUGUAUGGAAGUAAAGGUGAGACACAGAUAAAGGAAAACCAUGGGUGGAUAUGCAUAAGAAAAACAAACAGGGCCCAGGAGAAGCCUUUGGUCUCAGUGAGAUCCUGGCUCAUGGAACCCUCUGGAAGCUCAGGUUUGCAGAGAGACCUGUGCCAACCUGUCUGGGGCUGUGUAGCCACUAGUUAGUCUUAGAAUCCCUUUGUACUCCUGUAAUUACUAUACAGAUCCUUCCUGACUUACAGUGGGGCUACAUGCUGAUAAACCCCUCAUAAAUUGAAAAUCUCAUAAGUCAAAAAUGCAUUUAAUGCACCAAACCUACUGAGCAUCAUAGCUUAGUCUAGCCUACCUUAAACAUGCUCAGACCACUUACAUUAGUCUACAUUUGGGCAAAAUAAUACAAAGACUCUUUUAUAAUAAAUUGUUGACUAUCUCAU